UCAACGAGCCAGUGAACGUUGAGCGGAGCGGACCAAAAAUCCCAAACAAGGAAAUGGUGGGGGGAAAAAAAUAACAACGAUCCGAUUAUUUAAUUAAUGCGUUUCAUAAUUAAUAUUUUAUUGGAGCGUCAAUUAAGGGAGUAUUUAUGGGUUAAACAAAAAAAAAAAUGGAUUACGACUUCAAAACGAAGCUGGCCGCCGAAAGGGAGAGAGUGGAAGAUCUGUUCGAAUAUGAAGGUUGCAAAGUGGGUCGCGGCACCUACGGGCAUGUUUAUAAAGCCAAGCGCAAAGAUGGGAAGGACGAGAAGGAAUACGCUCUCAAACAGAUUGAAGGCACCGGCAUCUCCAUGUCCGCCUGCAGAGAGAUCGCGUUGCUGAGGGAACUGAAGCACCCAAAUGUCAUCGCACUACAGAAAGUGUUUUUGUCACACAGUGAUAGGAAAGUGUGGCUCCUUUUCGACUACGCAGAGCACGAUCUGUGGCACAUCAUAAAGUUCCACCGGGCCUCAAAGGCCAAUAAGAAGCCCAUGCAGUUGCCAAGAGGAAUGGUCAAGUCUCUGCUCUACCAGAUCCUGGACGGCAUCCACUACCUCCAUGCCAACUGGGUCCUACACCGAGACCUGAAACCUGCCAAUAUCCUGGUGAUGGGGGAGGGUCCAGAACGGGGGCGGGUCAAAAUCGCGGAUAUGGGUUUUGCUCGACUCUUCAACUCUCCUCUGAAGCCGUUGGCAGAUCUGGAUCCAGUCGUGGUCACCUUCUGGUACCGAGCACCUGAACUGCUUCUGGGAGCUCGACACUACACCAAAGCAAUCGAUAUCUGGGCGAUCGGCUGCAUCUUCGCCGAGCUGCUCACGUCAGAGCCGAUAUUCCACUGCCGUCAGGAGGACAUCAAGACCAGCAACCCGUUCCACCAUGACCAGCUGGACCGAAUCUUCAGCGUCAUGGGCUUCCCCGCAGACAAAGACUGGGAGGACAUCCGGAAGAUGCCGGAGUACCCGACCCUGCAGAAAGACUUCAGAAGAACAACCUAUGCCAACAGCAGCCUCAUCAAAUACAUGGAGAAGCAUAAAGUAAAACCCGACAGCAAAGUCUUUUUGUUGCUCCAGAAACUUCUGACCAUGGACCCCACUAAACGGAUCACGUCCGAACAGGCCCUGCAGGACCCAUAUUUUUUGGAAGACCCCUUACCUACGUCAGAUGUAUUCGCAGGAUGCCAAAUCCCGUACCCCAAACGCGAGUUCCUGAAUGAGGACGAACCCGAAGAGAAGACUGAGAAGAACCAGACGCAACAGCACCAGCAGACGCAGGCGCAGACGCAAACGCAGGCGCAGCAGGCUCCGUCUCAGCAGAGCUCGGCUCAGACCAACGGCACGUCCGGGGGUACCACGGGGCCCUCCAUGCAGCACACGGGACAGGAGCAGGGGCCCCCGAACAAGAAGAGCCGCACCACAGGGGCCAACGUGCUUCAGACAGACUACCAGCACUCCAGCUCACGCCUUGGUUACCAAAGCAACGUCCAAGGCACCACCCAGUCUCAAAGCACCAUGGGAUAUUCAUCCACAUCUCAGCAAAGCUCCCAGUACUCGCAUCAGUCUCACCGCUACUGAGGCGUGGAAACCUUUGGCGGCUCACGCUAACGUGAACAUGAACACAAACGCAGGUCUCGCUGCCAUUCCUUAUGAACCUGUUCUUAUCCUCACUUCCUUUACACUUCUACGCUUGCAGCUUGAGAUUUGUAUGCUAUUCUUACUAGCCUUGCCAGUACCAGCAGAUAAGAUGUCGUUUCUUAAGCAGCACCUUCCAACCAUUCUCAACUACACAUCCCAGGAGCCUCGGAGCUCAGAUGAACCCUGUGAUGAGAAACAACACCAGCGUCCUAACCCUCGUUACCAGUACUCAGAAAUAUAGUUCACAUAUUUACAUUUAUUUAUUUGGCACAGGCUUUUAUCCAAAGUGUUUUACCACUGAGGCAGGAUGCAAUCCAAGUGUUUAGCUGAGCAGGUGAGGGUGAAGGACCUUUCUCAAGGGCCUGACAGUGGCACUCUGGCAGUCCUGGGAUUCAGACUGACAAUCAUACGAAAGUUACUUCAGAACACAACCACGAAUCCACAAUACCAGUUCCUUAAAUCCCACAAUAUCGGGGACACGGAUCCUGAUUUUAGUGUGCAUAAAAAGUUUCUGUGUUCAUACAAAAACCAUUAUUUAUACACUAUAUUGCCAAAAGUAUUCGCUCACCCAUCCAAAUAAUCAGAAUCAGGUGUUUCAAUCACUUCCAUGGCCACAGGUGUAUAAAAUCAAGCACCUAGGCAUGCAGACUGUUUUUAAAACAUUUGUGAAAGAAUGGGUCGCUCUCAGGAGCUCAGUGAAUUCCAGCGUGGAACUGUGAUAGGAUGCCACCUGUGCAACAAAUCCAGUCGUGAAAUUUCCUCGCUCCUAAAUAUUCCCCAGUCAACUGUCAGCUGUAUUAUAAGAACGUGGAAGUGUUUGGGAACGACAGCAACUCAGCCACGAAGUGGUAGGCCACGUAAACUGACGGAGCGGGGUCAGCGGAUGCUGAGGCGCAUAGUGCGAAGAGGUCGCCAACUUUCUGCAGAGUCAAUCGCUACAGACCUCCAAACUUCAUGUGGCCUUCAGAUUAGCUCAAGAACAGUGCGCAGAGAGCUUCAUGGAAUGGGUUUCCAUGGCCGAGCAGCUGCAUCCAGGCCAUACAUCACCAAGUGCAAUGCAAAGCGUCGGAUGCAGUGGUGUAAAGCACGCCGCCACUGGACUCUAGAAUCGCACUUCUCCAUCUGGCAAUCUGAUGGACGAGUCUGGGUUUGACUGCAUUGUGCCAAGUGUAAAGUUUGGUGGAGGGGGGAUUAUGGUGUGGGUUUGUUUUUCAGGAGCUGGGCUUGGCCCCUUAGUUCCAGUGAAAGGAACUCUGAAUGCUUCAGCAUACCAAGACAUUUUGGACAAUUCCAUGCUCCCAACUUUGUGGGAACAGUUUGGAGCUGGCCCCUUCCUCUUCCAACAUGACUGUGCACCAGUGCACAAAGCAAGGUCCAUAAAGACAUGGAUGACAGAGUCCGGUGUGGAUGAACUUGACUGGCCUGCACAGAGUCCUGACCUCAACCCGAUAGAACACCUUUGGGAUGAAUUAGAAUGGAGACUGAGAGCCAGGCCUUCUCGUCCAACAUCAGUGUGUGACCUCACAAAUGCGCUUCUGGAAGAAUGGUCAAAAAUUCCCAUAAACACACUCCUAAACCUUGUGGACAGCCUUCCCAGAAGAGUUGAAGCUGUUAUAGCUGCAAUGGGUGGACUGACGUCAUAUUGAACCCUAUGGAUUAGGAAUGGGAUGUCACUUAAGUUCAUAUGCGAGUCAUGGCAGGUGAGCGAAUACUUUUGGCAAUAUAGUGUAUCUUCAGCAUAAUUACAUAACCCUGAAGCUUACAAAACCAGUCCUAGAGUGUCGUUAUGGGUCCAAUGCUGUGAAUCCAUAUGGACCCAACUGUCAAUCCAUGAAGUUUUUAUGCAAAUCAAGUUCCUAAAAUCCAUCAAAUCCUACUGUGUCCAUUUAGAGUCAGUCAUCUGAACCGUGAAAAUUCCCUCAAGAACCAGAACAAGUCCCCUGUCUCUUUGGUUUCCCCCCAGAUCAAGACCCCAGGCCCCUCCAUCCAUCUAUCCAAAACCAAUCCUCAGAAUCCUUCCACCAAGAAAGUUUCCAUCAAGUCCCCAAGCCCCUGGAGUUCUAUCAAGAAUCAGUCCCUAAGCUCCUGGGUGUUCUAUCAAGAGUCAGUCCCAAAGCUCCUGGGGUUCUAUCAAGAAUCAGUCCCUAAGCCCCUGGGGGUUCUACCAAGAGUCAGUCCCUAUGCUCCUGGGGUUCUAUCAAGAAUCAGUCCCUAAGCCUCUGGGGUUCUAUCAAGAGUCAGUCCCUAAGCUCCUGUGGUUCUAUCAAGAAUCAGUCCCUAUACCCCUGGGUUUCUAUCAAGAGUCAGUCCCUAAGCUCCUGGGUUUCUAUCAAGAGUCAGUCCCUAAGCUCCUGGGUUUCUAUCAAGAGUCAGUCCCUAAGCUCCUGGGUGUCUAUCAAGAGUCAGUCCCUAAGCUCCUGGGCUUUUGUCAAGAAUCAGUCCCCAUCUCCCUGAGGUUGUUUCUAGAAUCAGUCCUAAAGCCUUUGGGUUUUUGUCAUGAAUCAGUCUCCAAGCCUCUUCCACUCAGAACCAGUCUUCAGAAUUCUUAAUAUCAUUUUGUGUCUACCCCUGGUUUUCCACCCAGAACCUCUCCCCAAGCCUCUGGGCUUCCAUCCAGAACCAGUCCCCAGAUCCUUUAGUUUCCUUCAAGAACCACUCAACAAAGCCUUCAGUGUCCUUACAAAACCCUUGGAAACCCUCAGAAUACUUGGAGCCAGUGUGCUGAAUGAUGUAGUCCAAGAGCCUACAGUAUUCACUAAACACAAAUUAUCUGAACCCUGCAGUUUCUAUUUAGAAACACUACUGUCCAAACUGGAAUACUUUGUACCUUUGUUUUUUUUAUGUAGAAUCUUUAGUUUAGGUCUAUAAGCAGUCAUUAAACCCUUCAGUAUCUCUUAAGGACUUUACCAGUCCUCAGAACUGUCACUGUUUCUGAUUCUCAGAAACUUCUGUAUCCAUAUCUAGCUAUUCUCCAAAACCUGCUACAGUUCCAGUCCUACACAUGUUUGUUUUCUGCCUGUAAAAUGCCCUCUGGGACAGUGUGAGGGCCAAAACAGAACCUGCCAUUAGGACCCACAGUUUCCGUACAGAACCAACCGGAAUCUAGACUCGAUUCAUCUCGGGUCCAGUGACCGGCUACACACCCGCAAUAUGGAGGCUAAUACAAACCAAAUAUCCCUUCCUUCCUGUAUCUGUCUGUCUCUCUGUCUGUUUGCAACACUUCCUAUCUACUGUUCCUUUUCCUGUCCGCCCUGUGCAAAUAUAACACCACAUGCACUAAGACACCCGAAGAACAAAGAACUUUGAAGAUAGAAGACUUAGUGGCUGGUCCUUAUCGGAGUCGCGAUUCUUCUUCAUGCAUGUGCAGAGCGCCUUUACGAUUUUUCAACUACAGACCUGAAGGCUUCGACCUUCUAGUUUUUGUCCUUUUGUAAAUAUUGAAUUCUGAUAUCUGAACACUGCAGAGGAAGCCCUUUACUUUUACGAGUCCUUUGUUGAUACUGAUUUCAUUCACGAGGACGAACGGCAAAUAUCAAUGACGGCUUGGUUUGUCAGGAAAUUGAAGCAAAACGAAAGGAGAAAAUUCCUUUUUAAUGUUUGACGAAUCUUCUUUGGCCAUGAUUAUAUAAUCGAGUGUAUCAACCCUGUGUGUAAGAGAAACCGCGCGUAUGUACGUGUUUAUGUUUUUUCGUUACGAUGUCCGAGGCAGCUCCAGUGACUGUUACCUCCUGUUUGAAAUAUUUUAUAAUUUUGAAUUUUUAAUUCUAUUUUUAUCGUUGGUUUUGAAGUUUGCUUAGAUUCAUUUUGUUCCU